AGAACACGUGUGGAGGGGGUGUGACUCGACUUCUCCGCUGAGGAGAGUGAAAGACAGGGAAAAGGGAGCAAACGAGCAAGAGAGGGGGAGGCCGAACCCGUAGCCGCCAUUUUGGAUCCCACCGAGCUGUGGACGGAGAGCAGAAAGAGGCAUUUAAUAAGAUUCGCAAAAGCCUAUGCAACGAACCAGUUCGUUAACUCGCCCUUCUUCAGGAGAUGAGCUGCCCGUAUUUUGAAAACAAUUACUGAAAAUACAGUAACGUUGGAAAAAUAGACCCCAAAACAACCCCGAAGCCGGAAGCGGCUCCCCCACCAUUCUCCAUCCUUCUGGGGGCGGAAGGCUGUGUACCAAUGCACUUAGGAGACAUAUUGUCCAUGCACCUAGAAUCACAGCAUCAAGUGUAAGACCCUGCCUGCCAAAUAGGCUAUCAUCGGCAAUCUCUCAGGUCCCUGUGGUCAAGUCACUCGGCUUCUGCUGAGCAAGAGGAAAGAGCCCCACCUUCUUAAAGUAUGAGGAGAACCUAUCUCUAGUAAAGGAAACAUGGCAGAUAAGCGAAAACUACAAGGUGAGAUCGAUCGGUGUUUGAAAAAGGUUUCUGAAGGCGUAGAGCAAUUUGAGGACAUCUGGCAAAAGCUUCACAAUGCAGCUAAUGCAAACCAGAAAGAAAAAUAUGAAGCAGACUUAAAGAAAGAGAUUAAGAAGCUACAGAGAUUGCGGGACCAAAUAAAGACAUGGGUAGCAUCAAAUGAAAUUAAAGACAAAAGGCAGCUUAUUGAAAAUCGCAAGUUAAUAGAAACGCAAAUGGAAAGGUUUAAAGUGGUGGAACGAGAGACAAAGACAAAAGCCUACUCCAAGGAAGGAUUAGGUCUGGCUCAAAAGGUGGACCCAGCCCAAAAAGAAAAAGAAGAUGUUGGACAGUGGUUAACUAACACGAUAGACACGUUAAACAUGGGAGUGGAUCAGUUUGAAAGUGAAGUGGAAUCGUUGUCGGUACAAACAAGGAAAAAGAAAGGAGAUAAGGAUAAGCAGGACAGGAUCGAAGGACUGAAACGGCACAUAGAGAAACACAGGUACCACAUCCGAAUGCUGGAAACGAUUCUGCGAAUGUUGGACAAUGACUCCAUUAACGUUGAUGCCAUUCGGAAAAUUAAGGACGAUGUAGAGUAUUAUGUGGACUCCUCACAGGAUCCAGACUUUGAGGAGAAUGAGUUUCUGUAUGAUGACCUUGAUUUAGAAGACAUUCCACAGGCGCUGGUAGCUACCUCCCCACCAAGUCACAGUCACAUGGAGGAUGAGAUCUUUAAUCAGUCUAGCAGCACUCCCACCUCCACCACCUCUAGCUCUCCUAUUCCACCUAGUCCUGCCACAUGCACCACAGUAAGUGCUGAAAAUUCUGAGGAUGACAAGAAAAUUCGGGGUAGAUCUACUGACAGUGAAGUAAGCCAGUCACCAGCAAAGAACGGUUCAAAAAGUGUCCAUAACAAUCAUCAUCCACAGUCCCCAGCAGUGACGCCAAGUUACCAAAUAGGAAGCAAUUCCAGUACAUCCUCAUCACUUGGAAAUGGUCCUGGUACAAACAGCAACGGGGCAGUAUCCAACAGCAGUAGCACGAACAGCAGCAGCAACAGCAAAAAUAAUCCGGCUUCCGGGCACACGUCUGGCACGCCAACACCUUAUGCACAAGCGGUGGCUCCCCCAUCAUCGAAUACAAAUACUUCUCAGCCUAGGCCGCCCAGUGCCCAGCAAAAUACAAGCAAGCAAAAUGGAGCCAGCAGUUACAGCUCUGUUGUAGCAGAAAACUCCACCGACUCUUCCCUCAGUAAUAGUAGUCAGACGCAAUCAAGCCAGUCUGUGAUUCACAACCCACCAACCAGCUCUGCGAAAUCCGAUAUCAGCAGUUCAUCUCAGCCAGCCAACAACAGCAGUACCAGCACUGGAUCUAGUUUGUUACCGCUAAAUGUAAAUCCUCCUAGUUCGCCAACACCAAAUUUUAGUGACCCCAAACCCAGCCAGCCAUUGUUAAACGGGCCACCUCAGUUUGCAUCUACAGCAGAGAUUAAGGCUCCAGAGCCACUAAGCACCUUGAAAUCCAUGGCUGAAAGAGCAGCUAUUGGGUCAAGUUUAGAAGACCCAGUUCCUACUAUUCACCUGGCUGAACGAGAAAUGCUUAUCACUACAACAACAGCUCAGCCACCUUCCAGUCAGCCCCCCACACAGCUUUCAGAAGUGAACAUCCCACUUUCUCUGGGCGUCUGUCCUUUGGGUCCUGUCCCCCUCACAACAGAUCAGCUUUAUCAACAGGCAAUGGAAGAUGCAGCGUGGCAUCAUAUGCCCCAUCCAUCAGACUCAGAGAGAAUACGACAAUACCUCCCAAGGAAUCCAUGCCCCACACCUCCGUAUCAUCACCAGAUUCCUCCUCCUCAUUCGGACACCGUAGAGUUUUAUCAGAGGCUUUCCACAGAGACUCUGUUUUUCAUCUUUUACUAUCUUGAGGGCACUAAAGCACAGUAUUUAGCAGCCAAAGCGCUAAAGAAACAGUCUUGGAGGUUUCACACCAAAUACAUGAUGUGGUUUCAAAGACACGAAGAGCCCAAAACAAUAACAGAUGAAUUUGAACAGGGGACAUACAUUUACUUUGACUAUGAGAAAUGGGGCCAGAGGAAGAAAGAAGGAUUUACAUUUGAAUACCGUUAUCUUGAGGAUCGCGACUUACAAUGACCUCUGACCAUCACACUCAGCCUUCCAGUUUCACACGGGCAAACAGCAAGCGGGGGAAAAUGAGGGGAGGGGGCAGGCGAUUCAUUUCUGUCCCAUUCCCAGGGGGAGUUGGGAGGAGGGAAAAUUUGGACAAACACUUUAAUGCAUGCAGUUACAAAAAAAUGUAAAACAAAAAAAAUUUUAAUAGGAUUGAGGUUGACCUUGGAAAGAGAAUGGAAACAUGAAGAACCAAGAGUCUUAAACCUUGUGAGACUCAGACCCUCCUCAUCUGCAGAAGGUUUCAAGGAAGAGAAGUCCAUUUUAUUGCAUUUAAAGAACAAAGCGAUGUUUUGCAAGAGGAAGGAAAAGCUAAUCUUCACCCUCCUGGAUAUUUCUGCAGGCGGGAAGUACUUGUCUCUUACCCAGAGGGGAUUCUACUGGCUGCCAUUUGAUUUUUUUUCCCCCCCCCUCUUUAAAAAAAACUUUUGUUUUCUAUUCAUUUUGUCCUUUUUUGGCAGAUACUGAAUUGUUUUUUGUUUUGAUAACAAGUGCAUCAAGGUUUAAAGUGUUUUUUAUUUUUUUUUUUCCACCUGCCCUUCCCAACCCCUCCCCUUCCUCGAUACAUGUAUCUGUACCGAUGGAAUUAAUGGUAUGGAAAGCUGGUUUAAAAUAUUUUUCGUAACCUAUUUUCAUUUUGGAAAAUAUUUAUGAAUAAAUAGUUUUAUAUGAUGUCUUCUCAUGCAAGAA